CUCGGGGUAAACCCCCCGGCCAGCGGGCGGCGCUGUGGGCGCUUCAGUGACUGUACGCUGGGUUGUAUUUUCCGGUGGUUUGAAACUGAAGCUGGACUGAUUUUUCUGCUCAGAUUACCAGACUGGUGUUUACACCCUAGGUUUAUUGGAAACCGUGGGGAACUUGCUCAGUGUAGCGACUAUCAAUGUACCUAUUCCAUCCAACGUGACGCCUUCAGAGACUGACCCAGCCACAAACCACAACAUGAGUAGCGUGGCUCAAAGAAAAAGACGGUCAACUUCUUCAUGUUCAAGACGCAACAACAAAAGGACUAGGACUCAGACGGUCAUGGAAACUAUCGAUGUGUUAGAAAGUGACAGACUGAGCAGUGAAGAGGUAGUAGACUUAACCUGUGAAGCAUCUGAGCCAGCUGUUGUGGACCUCACUAAUAAUGAUUCUGUUGUGCUUGUGGAAGAAGGCACGCAUAGCAGACGUGGACAAGGCACAGAGAGUUACGUCUUAAGCAGCGAUGAGGACGAAGAGCCAAGUCUAAACCUCAAUCCAGCUGUACUGUCAUCACUUCGAGCAAGCAGCACAGCCAGGUCAACACCAGGAGCUGUUAGCUGCCCUGUAUGCAUGGAUGCCUAUGCUGAGAUCAUCGAGAGCGGCCGGCUCAUGGUCUCCACCAAGUGCGGACACCUCUUCUGCAGCCAGUGCAUUCGUGACUCCCUGGCCAGAGCUCAUUCCUGUCCCACAUGCAGGAAAAAGCUCACACACAAGCAAUAUCACCCAAUAUACAUCUGACAUGUCACAAUAAGAUGUACUUUAACUGACCAGUGUGACCUGAGCAGUGCACUUUCAAAACCGGUUUGUAUGUCUCUGCCAAAUUAUUUACUGAAAGAUCAUUAAGCGUCACUUGGAUCUUGAAGUUUCAUAUGAAUAUUAGUCGCAAAUGCCAAUUUAAGAUGAUCCACCUUUUAGGAGGACAAAAAAGAAGUCUAAUCCUUGGUGAAGGAUUGUUUUUACAUAGUCUGUAUUUGAGCAGCACUUAACUGUAGAAAUGCGAUUAAUCUGGGGUUAGAAAUUGGUUCCUAAUUAUCUUCAUUUCACACUUUCACUUUAGGGAUUCAAAAAUGCAUUAAAAAUACUAAGUGAGACUGCUGAGUCUGUCAGUCUAGUUGUCACAUAAAGUGGCAGUCUUGUGGAAAUGGUUUAAACCUAAUCUUGGAUUAAAUUUCAAUUUCAUUGGAGAAUUACCUUUAGAUAUUGUGUUUAUCUUGGGCUUAAGCUGGGUCCGCAAAACUGGCCCAAAACGUUUAAUUCUGGCCGUAGUUUAAAUGUGCGAUUUGGGGCUACAUUCCUUUUAACUGUCCAACACAAUUGUGUAAGCUUUGUGAUCUGCUUUUGGGGUGUGUCAGUUUUGCAGUAUAUACUAAAUGCGGGUGCAGUUAGGCUCGUUUGUUCUUCAUGCAUCCAAUAAUUGUAAAUAUGUGUAUGUAUUUAAUGUACAAAAGUUGAGUAAGUUAAGAACUAUCUUCCAGAAAGUUGUUAAAAUGAGCUUGUUUCAAUAAAAAACUUACUGUGUUUA